ACGUUAAACGCAAUAUCACAACUGAAGAUAAAUUUCCCAACGAGCUCCUAACCUACCGCGGAUUAUUACCAUGUUUAAUACAGUUCGUUUUCAUAAUUGGCUUUUAUGACAUUGCUGUAGUGUAUCCUACAAUAUUACAUACAAUGUUUCUACACAGAACAGUGUAGCAUGAGUGCCUGAGACUGCCAUAGCAUGUUCAUCUGAGGAAGAAACAUAUAUUGGGGCGGAGGAGCUGUUUAUUGUGCCCUGUAUCAGUGUACAGUGAGUUUACAGCCAGUCACGUAUUGUAUCGCAGCAAUGGCUUUCCAAGGAAUGACAGACAGAGAAUUAAUGGCCAUCGCCAAUAAUAUAGGAUUGGAAAUCGACGAGCUUGGUGUCCAUCUAGGCUUCACUUGGCGCAAGGUCCAGUAUUUCCAGUUACGUAAUAUACUAGGGUUCUACCUUGGAUCAAACUUCUCUGGUACCAUGGGGAUGCUGCAUUCUUGGAAGAAGAUGAGGAGAGAGCCCGUUAAUGAACAUCGACACAUUUUUGCGAACUGUCUUGUGCGUGCUGGUUGGGUUAACCUAUCCGAAAGAGUGCUAGAAGGCAAAUUCAUUCCUGAGGCGGAAAACAUGAAUGACGUGAUACAUCUAGGGUCCACCGUCAUAAACAAGUUGCUAAUCCUCGCCGGGGUGUUGAUUGUUCUGCUUGCUAUCGUAUGUUCUGUGUUUUGUACGAAUCUUCUUCUCUUACCAACGGAAAUUAAAGAACUUCGGAAACAUCUCAUUAAUUACUAUAAUACACGCUCUUGCGACAUCAAGACUGUUCCCUGGAAUGAUUCCAGUAUUCUAGAUCUUGAUGAUUUGUUCAUCAAUUUGAAUCUCUUGCAACGUGGCGUUGACAAAAAUAGCAAUUUGGUGCGGGAAGACAUUUCAUAUACAAAGCUUUUCCAAAUACAAAAGAAAGGAAAGGUUUCGAAGAGGAUUCUCCUAAGAGGUGCGGGAGGGACUGGAAAAACAACACUCUCGUGUAAAAUAGCCCAUGAUUGGGGUAGUUGUUUGUGGGGGUUCUCCAUCAGGUGUACCCCUUUACUAAUCGUUCUUCAGUUACGGUUGGUUGACCCUACGAACAGUCUUGGUCAAGAGGUUGUGAACCAAGGUCUGGUUCCGACAGAUCGACAUGGAAGUAUAACAGCUGACUUAAUAAACAGCUAUAUAAGCCAGAAUCCAGAGAGUGCUAUCAUCAUAUUCGAUGGUUACGACGAGUAUGUAUAUGGAAGUUUGAAGGAAGACGGCAAAAAGGGAGUCCUCGAUAUUCUAAGGUAUAAAUCAUUCAGAGAUACAAUGGUGAUGGUCACAUGUAGACCGUGGCGAAUAGCAGACUUUGAAAAUUUUCCGGACUACACUCACGUCGAACUGACAGGAUUUACCUCGGAAAACGUGGUCGCCUAUGUUAAUAAGUUCUUUCUGCACAACAAAAUGAAAUCGGAUGACCUUCUGAAGUGGCUUUCUGGUGGCAAGUACCCUGACUUAACAGACCAAAUACUGAAGGAUUCGGAAGUCUUGCCGUGUGAUAAUUACUACUUUGAUUGUAGCAUUGAGGACAUUUCCUUCAUGGCAAGAUACCCUCUGUUUUUGGCCAUGUUUUGCGAGCUCUCAAAGAAUGGAAGCUUCCUGACAGAGACUUACACCGUCCCUGACGUGUUCAAUAAUAUCAUAGAAUACAUGUACGAACAAUAUAUUAACAAGAUAAAGGAUUCUGAAAGGGGAGACCUCGUUGAUUUCGACAAUCUAAAGGUGUUUCUAGGAAAGCCAGCAUAUGAUAGUUUUUGGGGACAGCCCGGUCCGAUUCAGAAUGAAAAAACUGUGUUCACUGCAGAGGAGUUCAAAAAUGAUACUGUCUUUAGAUUAGGUAGUGAAAUCGGAUUCCUAACCAAUAUUCCAGAAAAUGACUAUUACCGGGGCAGGAUGCCUCGACGAAAAGUCUACACAACGGUAUUCUUCCAUAAGUUCGUCCAAGAGUAUUUUGCGUCUUGCUAUUUUAAUCAUCUACAUGACAAUUUUCCUUCUAGAGCUAACAGAAUACAACAUAUCUUUGCCAAGGAUAAUACCUUCAUCUUCUUUUGUGCCUCAUCGGCAAAGGUAACAACUGAAGAGAUGAAGCAGUACAUAGAGAGCGAUUCACAUCUUUUCGUCAAGGAAUAUGUCCACACCGCAGGCUCGAAGAUUCCAGCUAGUUUUCAGGGUUUAGUUGGUAGUAUGAGCGAAGGGAGUAAGAUAGAAAAUUCUUAUACUAAUGUACAAGGUCAAAAUUUAGUGCCUUUAGUUGGCCGCAUGGAGGGUAAUAGUAAGUUAAUAAAUUCUUUUAAUUUUGGGAAUGGAAAUUACAAAUAGAAUAAGGUGGAGAUGACAAAAAGGAAGACGAGGUGGGCAACACACAGGAAGCAUAAAACGGACGAAAACAAGAGGACGAAGAAGAAAACACGAAUCUGACGAAAAUAUGUAAUAGGCACAUGUUACAUGUGAUACUAUGAAAAAUCUAUCAAGAUUCAAUCCUGAACAGUGAGACAGACGAUCACAUGACCAUACACAAUCCAGUGACGUAUUCAAACCAAGCAGACUUGUCAUGCUCCCUUGUAUAUCUUAAAGAAGACACUGCUAAACCUACCUCUGAUGGUUCUCUGCUGAUGAGUAUAUCAUUUUGGCUAAACGGUGUAGAGUAAUUUUGCGAUGCAAAUUGUAUAGGAAGGAUGUCCUUCCUAUACAUUCCGGGAAAUUCCACAGACCUAAGAAAAGAAACACUUAAGUAAACUGGCAAUCCAACAUGGGAUGGUGGAUUUUACACUAAACCAUACUUACCAUGCUUGCUUUUGAAAAUCGUAAAUGACAGAGUAUAAUUCUAGUAAUGAUGACUUAUGAAAAUGGUAAGGGUUCUCAUUCCAAAUUAAUCAACUUGUGAAUUGUUAUGUAUCCUGUUCACAGCUGAGAUAUGGUUAUUCCAUUUAAGGAAAGAGAUCCCGAAAACCUUACUAUUGACAGACCCUUUACCAUGUUAACCGCUUUUUCAAAGUUCUUUCAGAAAGUGAUUUUGUCAUAACGUUGAAUCUUCUCAACAAGAGAAAUAUUAUGGUUAUGCUUUCGAGAAAAAAAUAUAUAAUUACCUAUGCCAUGCUAGGUUUUAAUGAUUAAAAAAUCACCAUCAAUAGACAAAAUGUUACACAUCAUUGGUAUAUGCCUUGAUUAUGCUAAAGCAUUCGACACAGUAAAUUAUGCUACUUGGAAAUUGCAAAGUUGCAAGUGUCCGGUGUUCAGUUACUUAGCUCCCAGAAAACAAUGUUUCUAACAAAUCAUAAUGUAAAAUCAGUCAGGGACAUUGCCGUGUUCCUACAUUGUUCACUGCACUGUAUAUAUUAAUUAUUGUUACUCGUUUGAUGUUUAGUUGUUUAUUCGAUUCGACGAUGAGUCGAGUGUGUACCAAUGUAAAAAAAAAGAGUCCUCAGUGAAAGAAAGGAAAUCCUUUAUGUGGAUCCAGACGCAUAUAUUUCUUUUACUUAUGGUUGUUUAUAGUUUAAAAAAUAGAUCUUUUGUUUGUGUUUACGUAAAUCUUCUUUUUUUCAAGUGGUUACUAGUAUAUGCUAAUAUGAAUGCUCUUUCAAUUUCAGAAUAAAUUAAAUAAAACAAAACAUCAUCCGUUUUUUUAAUAC